GACUCGAUGAUUUUGCUCCUUGAGAAAGUUUGUAGGCAGGCUCGUAAAUGUUGAGGCUGCUGUGAAAAUCUCCUUCACAUCGUCCGUCGGAAGGAGUGAGCUGCCAACGAGGCAGCUGCCUGCUGACUUGCAGCCAUGGCGGAACAAGCUGCUCAGCGAUACCAGUACGAGUACCAAGCCACUUCUAACCUUGUACUUAGUCACGACAGGAACCUUAUUGACUACCGGUCUCGCAAUGAGCCCACUGGUGAGGUUCAGUCGCUCACGGGGCAUUUGGACGGAACCCGUAUGGGUGAUCGUUUCCACAGAAGCAAGGCACCAUUGCAGAAAGAUGAGGAAAGCGCAGCCAAGCGCGAAGCUCAGGCUGGCAAGAGCGGAAAGAAAUCUAAGAGUACAAAAAAGGCAGUUGGUGUCCUUGGGCACGGUGAUGAUAUGUCGGGCAUCUAUUAUCGACCUAAGACAAGAGAAACUCGUCAGACAUACGAGGUUCUUUUGAGCUUCAUCCAAGAGGCUAUUGGUGAUCAGCCUCGUGACAUUCUCUGUGGAGCUGUGGAUGAAGUCCUAGCCAGCUUGAAGCAGGAUCGUGUCAAGGACCAGGAGAAAAAGAUGGAGGUUGAGGCACUGCUGGGCUCCAUGAGAGAAGAGCGCUUUGCAUUGCUGGUGAAUCUGUGUAGGAAAAUCACCGACUAUGGAACAGAAAAGGAGCACGUGCAGCCGGAAGAGGACCUGAGCGGUGAGCUUGGUGUGGCUGUGGUGUUUGGAGAGGAUGAAGAAGAGGCUGAACCUCAGGAAGUUGACGUUGUCCGUGAUGAGUCCGGCAGCGAAGAAGAAGAGGAGGAAGGCGACGAUGCGGAUGUUUCAGAAACCAUUGCAGGAAAGACGGAUGGUGAUGGAGACAACAAAGGUGACAGUGAUGACGUAGACCCGCUAACCAUUGAUGCUUUCUGGCUGCAACGACAGCUGAACAAGUUCUAUGAUGAUGCCGUGGCGUCUCAACGGAAAGCCACCGAGGUGCUUACCAUCCUUGAUAAUGCAGAUGAUGACCGUGAAGCUGAAACCAAGCUCGUCAUGCUCCUCGGCUUCGACAACUUUGACUUCAUCAAGAUUCUGCGAAAGAAUCGUCUGAAGGUGUUGUACUGCACUUUGCUGGCUCGUGCUGCUGCUGGAGAGGAGCGCGAAAUGAUUGAAGCCAAGAUGCAGGCUGACCCUGCUUUGCUGCCAAUCCUGCAAGCGCUCACCGAUAUCAAGGCAGAGGAUCUAGUUGAGGAGGAACUUGACAGGAAAGCUGCUCAACGGAAAUCGAAGAUUGACGCCAAUCUGGGAGCUGAGGACAGUGAACAGAAAGCGUUGAUGCGUGCUACCAAGGUUCUUGACCUGGAUGGCAUGGCCUUCCAGCAAGGAAGUCACUUCAUGGCCAACAAGAAAUGCCUGCUGCCUGAUGGUUCUCUUCGAAAGACAAGAAAAGGCUUUGAAGAAGUCCAUGUUCCACCACUCAAGCAAAAGACGUGGGAUGACGGCGAGGCUCUGCGUGAGAUCAGCAAGCUUCCUGAAUACGCGCAGAAAGCCUUUGAAGGUUACCAAUCUCUGAAUCGAAUCCAGAGUCGUCUUGCAGAUGCUUGCCUGAACACGGAUGAGAACAUCUUGCUAUGUGCUCCAACAGGUGCCGGUAAGACCAAUGUUGCUCUUUUGACCAUGGUACAUGAGAUUGGAAAGCAUCUCAACGAUGAUGGCUCCAUCCGUCUUGAUGAGUUCAAGAUCAUCUACAUUGCUCCCAUGCGCUCUCUUGUACAGGAAAUGGUGCAGAACUUUUCAAAGCGACUUGCACCGUACAAUGUCACUGUGUCUGAAUUGACUGGAGAUCACCAGCUCAGUCGUGAGCAGAUUAAUGACUCACAGGUCAUUGUUUGCACACCAGAGAAAUGGGAUGUUGUGACGCGUCGAGGUGGAGAGCGAACAUUCACUCAGCUUGUCAGUCUGAUCGUGAUUGAUGAAAUUCAUUUGCUUCACGAUGAUCGUGGUGCAGUUCUCGAGAGUGUAAUCACCAGAGCACUGCGUCAAGGUGACAGCACUCAUGAAGUCAUUCGUCUAGUUGGGCUCUCUGCCACACUGCCCAACUACCCCAAUGUAGCUGAUUUCUUGCGUGUCAAGAAAGACAAGGGUCUUUUCUUCUUUGACAACAGCUUCCGCCCUGUGCCGUUGAAGAUGCAGUACAUUGGAAUCAGUGAGAAGAAAGCACUCAAGCGCUUCCAGCUAAUGAACGAAAUUGUGUAUGAGAAGAUUCUUGAAGAGGCCGGAAAGAGUCAGGUUCUCGUAUUCGUGCAUUCGCGGAAGGAGACAGUGAAGACGGCGAAAGCUAUCCGUGAUCUCUGCUUGGAGCGCGACAAGCUUGGUCUGUUUCUGAGAGAAGCCUCGGCCAGUACAGAAGUAUUGCGCACUGAAGCUGAAGAGGUCAAGAAUGCCGACCUGAAGGACUUGCUUCCGUAUGGCUUUGCUGUCCAUCACGCUGGAAUGUCCAGAGUUGAUCGUACGCUAGUUGAAGAUCUGUUUGGCGAUCAGCAUAUUCAGGUUCUGAUCUCUACAGCAACACUGGCGUGGGGUGUCAAUCUCCCAGCUCAUACCGUGAUUAUCAAGGGUACUCAGAUCUACAGUCCUGAGAAGGGCCAAUGGGUGGAACUGGGUGCACUAGAUGUCAUGCAGAUGUUUGGUCGCGCUGGUCGUCCCCAGUAUGAUCGCGAGGGUAAAGGCAUUCUGAUCACCAACCACAGUGAACUGCAAUACUACCUCUCCUUGCUUAAUCAUCAGCUGCCGGUUGAGAGUCAGUUUGUCAAGCGCUUGCCGGAGAACCUCAAUGCUGAGAUUGUCCUGGGCAGUGUACAAAACAUCAAGGACGCACUGGCGUGGCUCCGGUACUCGUACUACAACAUUCGCGUACAGAAGAACCCAACACUGUAUGGUGUCUCCCACGACGAACACACGGCCGACCCAUCACUGGAGGCUUUCUGCUUGAACGUCAUUCACACCGCUGCAGUACAGCUGGCCAAGGCACAGCUGAUCAAGUAUGACAAGCGCACAGGGCUGUUGCAGGCAACAGACCUUGGACGAAUCGCUAGUCACUUCUACUGCACCGUGGAGACAAUGUCGACGUACAACAGUUUGCUGAAGCCGACACUGAGCCAGAUUGAGUUGGUGCGUGUCUUCUCACUCUCGUCAGAGUUCAAGUACCUGAAUGUGCGCGAGGAGGAAAAGCUGGAGUUGGCCAAGCUGAUGGACCGUGUUCCCAUUCCGAUCAAGGAGACUAUUGAUGAGCCGAGUGCUAAGGUCAAUGUGCUGCUGCAGGCGUAUAUUUCCCAACUGAAGUUGGAUGGCCUGGCGCUAAUGGCAGAUAUGGUCUAUGUCACUCAGUCGGCGGGUCGUCUGAUGCGCGCUGUCUUUGAAAUUGUUCUUCAUCGUGGCUGGGCGCAACUGGCUGAUCGGUGUCUGAACAUGUGCAAGAUGAUUGACAAACGAAUGUGGCUAUCUAUGACCCCGCUGCGUCAGUUUAAGAAGCUGCCAGACGAAGUCACCAAAAAGGUGGAGAAGCGUGAAGCCUUCACAUGGGAGCGACUCUAUGAUCUCAGUGCCAACGAAAUUGGUGAGCUGAUCCGCAUGCCGAAGAUGGGCAAGAUCGUCCACCGCUUUGUACACCUCUUCCCCAAGCUGGAACUGGCCACUCACAUCCAACCGAUCACAAGAUCCACUCUGAAAGUUGAACUCACCAUCACUCCUGAUUUCCAAUGGGACGAGAAAAUUCAUGGACAGUCUGAGGGCUUCUGGGUGUUUGUCGAAGAUGUGGAUGGAGAAGCCAUUCUCCACAACGAGUUCUUCCUGCUGAAGUCCAAGUAUGCGACAGAGAAACACUUGCUGACUUUCUACGUACCUAUCUUUGAACCACUGCCACCGCAGUACUUCAUCCGUGUGGUGUCCGACAGAUGGCUUGCCUCGGAAACGCAGCAGGCUGUCUCCUUCCGUCAUCUCAUUCUGCCGGAGAAGUACCCACCGCCUACUGAGUUGCUUGAUCUGCAGGCAUUGCCUGUGUCGGCUCUGCACAACGUUGCUUACGAGUUCAUCUAUAAGCGACGUUUCCAGGAGUUCAAUGCAAUUCAAACACAAGUCUUCAACACUUUGUACAACACUGACAACAAUGUUUUCCUUGGUGCGCCCAAGGGCAGUGGCAAGACCAUCUGUGCGGAGUUUGCCAUCCUGCGUACGCUGGCACAGCCUGACGCACGCUGCGUCUACAUUGCACCCAUGCAGUGCCUGGCUGAGAUUGUGUAUGAGGACUGGAAGGUUCGCUUUGGCAGCCAUUUGGAACGUCGUGUUGUCAUGCUGACUGGAGAGACUAGCCAUGAUCUCAAACUCUUGGCCAAGGGCAAUAUCAUCAUUUCCACCCCAGAGAAGUGGGAUACAUUGUCCAGGCGAUGGAAGCAGAGGAAGAAUGUGCAGAACGUGCAUCUCUUUAUUCUAGACGAGACGCAUCUGAUCGGCGGUGAACUUGGUCCGGUGAUGGAGGUGAUCUGCUCUCGGAUGCGCUACAUCUCUUCCCAGAUUGAGCGCUCAAUUCGCAUCAUUGCACUCAGUGCGCCAGUAUCUAACGCACGGGACCUGGCUCAGUGGAUUGGUGCACCGCAGAACGCAACGUUCAACUUCCAUCCCAAUGUGCGGCCUGUGCCACUGGAACUUCACAUUCAGAGUUACAACAUCAGCCACACUAUGUCUCGUCUUCUUGCCAUGAUCAAGCCAACGUACAACGCCAUCUUGAAGCAUGCUCCAGCCGAGCCUGCACUAAUCUUUGUGCCGAGUCGCAAGCAGGCCCGUCUCACAGCUCUGGACAUCAUGGCAUAUGUCGCCGCAGACAACAAGCCACUCAGAUUCUUACACUGUGAAGCCUCUGACUUGAAGCCAUACUUGAGCAAAAUCAAGGACAAGACUUUGCAUGAGAUGAUUCCACAAGGUGUAGCCUACCUACACGAAGGUCUCAGUGAAGUUGAACGCAAAGCAAUCGAAGCAUUGUUCAAUGCAGGCGCCAUUCAGGUGGUGGUAGCAUCAUGUGAUGUGGCCUGGCAUCUGGACAUGCAGGCACACCUGGUGGUCAUUAUGGACACUCAGUACUUUGACGGACGUAAUCACAGAUAUGCAGACUAUCCCAUCACCAAUAUUCUGCAGAUGGUUGGUCUUGCUAAUCGAGUGAACGUUGCAGAUGAAGUCGGUGUGUGCAUCCUCAUGUGCCAGAACUCCAAGAAAGAACUCUACAAGAAGUUCCUCUACGAGCCUCUGCCAGUGGAGUCCCAUUUGGAUCACUUCCUUCAUGACCACUUCAACGCUGAGAUUGUGACGAAGACAAUAGAGAACAAGCAAGAUGCAGUGGAUUACCUGACCUGGACGUUCCUCUACCGUCGCAUGACGCAGAAUCCCAACUACUACAACCUCCAGGGUAUGACACAUCGUCAUCUCAGUGAUCACUUGAGUGAGGUCGUGGAAACCACGCUCAGUGACCUACAGCAGUCCAAGUGUAUCUCCAUUGAGGAUGAGAUGGAUGUCAAUCCUCUCAACUUGGGCAUGAUUGCUGCAUACUACUACAUCAACUACACGACGAUCGAACUGUUCAGUAUGUCGCUCAACGCCAAGACGAAGCUUCGUGGCCUGCUGGAGAUUAUCUCCAACGCUGCAGAGUACUCGGACAUUCCCGUGCGCCAUCAUGAAGACUCUGUCUUGGCGAAGCUGUCUCAUCGGGUGCCACACAAGCCUAGCAGCAAUCAGUUCAACGAUCCACAUGUCAAGACCUAUCUACUCCUGCAGGCUCACCUGUCUCGCAUCCAGCUGCAUGCUGAAAUGCAGGCCGACACUGAGGUGAUCCUCAAGCAGGCUAUCCGCCUGAUCCAGGCCUGCGUAGACGUACUCAGCAGCAAUGGUUGGCUGUCGCCUGCCUUGGCUGCUAUGGAGCUGGCGCAGAUGACUACGCAAGCCAUGUGGAGACGCGACUCCUAUCUGAAGCAGCUUCCUCACUUCUCCAGCGAAGUUGUGAAGCGAUGCUCAACUAAGAAAAUCGACGAUGUGUUUGAUCUGAUGGAGAUGGAGGAUGCUGACCGUCUGGAGCUGCUGAAGAUGCAGGACUGGCAACUCAGGGAUGUUGCCGUAUUCUGCAACCGCUACCCGAACAUUGAAUUGUCUUACGACAUCGUUGAAUCCGAGGAACUCACAAGUGGGCAACCUGUGGUUAUCAACGUCAAGUUGGAGCGUGAGGUAGAAAGUGAGGGUGAGGUUGUGGGACCCGUUGUUGCACCUCACUUCCCACAGAAACGCGACGAGGGUUGGUGGCUUGUUAUCGGUGACCAGAAGACUAACAGCUUGAUUUCCAUCAAGCGUGUUACCCUCCAGCACAAGUCCAAGGUGAAGCUCGAUUUCGUGGCUCCAUCUGCUGGAUCAUACAAGUACACACUCUUCUUCAUGUGUGAUGCCUAUCUUGGCUGUGAUCAGGAGCAGGAGCUCUCCCUGAAGAUCCAUGAGGAUGAUGAUGAAGAAGACGAGGACAGUGCUGAAGACAUGGAAGUUGAGUAGACAAUGGCGAAAAUGCUUACUGUCGCUUCCUUCUCUUUCCAAACAUGUGGCCUGCCGUCUUUUUAGACCUGUUGUCUGUAAAUACUUUGUGAGCUGACUUUUAGAACAUUGCUGUAAUUUUCCUUUUGCUGUUUGCAACAUGUUGACCUGUUUAAAAUUGCCAACCCCAUGCUUUUUUCAUACCAUUUCUUAUAUGUACACAUUUCCAAAAGCAAGCCUUGGUUUCCUGUGUAGAUCCGCCAUGCUUGCCUAGAACCAUGAAAAACACUAUGCCCUUUGUCGGCUGCACGUUCAUACUACUUUAUUAUCAUGAUCUGUUGUCUCUCAUACGUACGUCUCAUUCUCAACUCCCAUCUGCUCGCUCUGCAUAUGCCAUGAUUUGACUUAACAUUCUACAUACAUUCUGAGCCACAUUGGCAAUGCAAGACUGAGCAAAACCAAACAGAUCUAGAUCUGAAA